AUGGCCGAUCCUACACCGGAUGAAGCCAGGAUGAUGGACCUGGAAAAUAAUGACAAUGGAAAAUUUCUAGUGAAUCAGACCGUGCAUGACUUCUCGUGGCGGGGUCUGACAGUAACGGUCAAGGAUCGUGAGACGAAACAGUCUCGCGAUUUGAUCAAUGAUAUCUCCGGUGAUGUGCAGAAGGGGGAGCUCGUUGCCCUGAUGGGCCCGUCGGGCUGUGGCAAGACCACGCUGCUCAACGUGUUGGCUCGACGUGCCGCGACAUCUGGGGCCAAGGUGCUCGGUGAAAGCUAUGUCAACGGCUUGCGGGUCGACUCGAAGGCUUUCCAGCGUAUGACUUCAUAUGUCGAGCAGGAAGAUGCGUUGAUCGGAUCCUUGACCGUGCAGGAGACGUUGAAGUUCGCUGCGGAUUUGUCACUCCCUAGCUCGGUGUCGAAACGCCAACGCAUGGAUCGGAUUCAGACACUUUUGGAAGCAUUUGGUAUACAGAACCAGGCGAAAACGCUAGUUGGCACACCGAUCCGAAAGGGCAUCAGUGGUGGCCAGAAGCGUCGAGUGAGUGUUGCUAGUCAGUUGAUUACUUGUCCCAAGAUUAUGUUCUUGGAUGAGCCGACUAGUGGACUGGAUUCGACUGCGAGCUUUGAAGUGAUGUCGUAUGCAAAGGAACUGGCACGGACCAACAAUAUCAUCAUCAUUGCCAGUAUCCAUCAGCCCUCGACUUCAACGUUUCGGCUCUUCGAUAAGCUGCUUCUCCUUUCGUCCGGGAGAACAUGCUACUUCGGUCCGGUCCCUGUUGUGGAGGGUUACUUCAAUGAAAUCGGCCAUCCAAUCCCCACGAACACCAAUCCAGCGGAGUUCUUGUUGGACAUUGUCAGUGCAGACUUCAACAGCUCAAAGGAGUUGGCACAGGAGCGAGUUCAGGCCAUCCAGGCUGCCUGGGCAGAGUCGGCAGCGAGCGAGGCAGUGAAUAGGAAGGUUGCAGACCGAGCCCAGUCGGUGGAAAAGGAUGGAGACAACGCACUGAUUGAUGACAUGGCUCGACCUGGUCCACUGCCAAUCACUUACGCUUUGCUUCAUCGUUCGUUCAUCAAGUCCUAUCGCGAUGUCGUUGCUUAUGGAAUUCGAAUUGUGAUGUAUCUUGGCUUGGCUAUCAUGAUGGGUACUGUAUGGCUUCGUCUCCACCCGUCGCAGGAGUAUAUUCAGCCGUUCAUCAAUGCCAUUUUCUUCGGAUCUGCAUUCAUGUCCUUCAUGGCUGUGGCAUACGUGCCAGCCUUCUUAGAAGACCGAGCAACUUUCGCAAAAGAGCGAGCCAAUGGCCUGUACGGUGCAACGCCCUUUAUGGUCUCGAACUUCAUCAUCGGCCUACCCUUCUUGUUCAUAAUAUCACUUCUAUUCUCAAUCAUCUCAUACUGGCUCUCCAACUUUCGCCCCACAGGUGACGCCUUCUUCAACUGGGUGAUGUGGAUAUUCCUCGACCUCGUGGCAGCAGAGUCCCUCGUCGUCCUCGUGACAGCCAUAUUCCCAAACUUCGUGAUUUCCUUGGCUCUAGUAGCGUUCGCCAACGGGCUAUGGAUGAGCGUCGGAGGGUUUUUGGUCACGCCGACGAUUCUGAAUCCGUUCUGGAAAUAUGUGUUCCACUACAUCGAUUAUCAGGCAUAUGUUUUCCAAGGCAUGAUGGUGAAUGAGUUUUCUAAGAGGAAUUACUCUUGCGGUGAUGGCUGUCAGUGUAUGUAUACCACUGAUUUGGCAGAUCAGUGUUUGAUCCGGGGAGAUGCGGUGCUGGAACAGUAUGGGUAUGCCACUGGUCGGAGGGGGAAAUGGGUUGGGAUUCUGAUUGGCAUCAUUGCUGUCUAUCGGCUGUUUGGAUGGAUUGCUCUGUAUCUGCGCAGAAACUGA